UAUUAACAUUUGUUCUUUGUCUUAAGUGUCCGAAGAUUUUCCUAAAAUUUCUGUCUGAAAGUGUACAAAGUCAUGUGUAAUGGCAGCCCUGAAAAAUUAUCAAUCCGUUGGAUCAGCUGUUGUGUUUGUUGUUGGGCAGAAGUUCCAGACAAAGAAUACUGAUAAAAAUAACAGAACGCGAAGAAGACAUAAAAAUGAGCUUGUCAAAACGAUUUGUCAAUUUGCAAAAUCUGAAUUAUUAUUUACUUCCACUUUCACAUUCAAAAAUUAUCGGUAAUUGGCUCAGUUCCAAUUUUCACCAGAACAGUGCCUACAGUAGUAAAAUGUCCAAAUUUAUAGAAGUUCCAAUCCAAGCCGAGAAAUUAUUAAAGUUAACUCGAUCUACAGUGAUACCAAAAUUGAAUGCGACCGGCAGUAGCGGUAAACAGCGCCAUAAAGGUCAAGCAGGAAGAAUUGGUGUAAUUGGUGGUUCCUUGGAAUAUACAGGCGCUCCAUACUUUUCAGCCAUAAGUGCUAUGCGUGUGGGAGCAGAUUUGGCGCAUGUCUUUUGUCAACGUGAUGCCGCAGUUGUAAUCAAGUCUUACAGUCCUGAAUUGAUAGUACAUCCAUUAUUGGAUGCAGAAGAUGCUAUUGAACAAAUUGCACCAUGGUUAGAACGUUUGCACGUACUAAUCAUUGGUCCGGGCUUAGGUAGAGAUCCAAAAAUACAAAAGACCGUUAUUAGCCUUAUUGAACAUUGCAAACAUAUAAAUAAGCCUCUAAUCAUCGAUGCUGAUGGACUAUUCAUACUCAAUGAAAAUAUUGAUUUACUCAACGACUUAUCUAAUGUCAUCUUAACACCAAACGCAAUGGAAUUUCGACGCCUCUUCAGUGAUGAUGUUGAUGUUAUGAAACAACGUAUGGCGAGACUAGGUGCAGGUGUAAUCGUACUUGAGAAAGGUCCUCAAGAUAAAAUCUAUAUACCAAGUACAUCUGAAAUUUAUACAUUACCAGCUGGAGGAUCUGGUCGACGUUGCGGUGGGCAAGGUGACUUGUUGUGCGGAUCUAUUGCAACUUUUUUUCAUUGGGCUUUAGAAUCUAAUCAGUCCAAUGCCGCCUUCGUAGCAACUUUUGCGGCUUCUUAUCUUGUAAAACAGUGCAAUGCUGCUGGUUUUGAAAAAUGGGGUCGAAGUAUGGUAGCGAGCGACAUGCUCAAUGAAAUUCAUAUCGUCUUCCGUAAUGUAUUCGAAGAGACAAACUAGCAUGUAUGCACUUGUUGAUAGCAUUUUAAUAAUGUUUCGUUGUUAUUUUAUAAAAAAGUUUAAGUAACAGUUUCUAGUUUAUAAAAUCAAUAUAUGACAUACAAACUUAAAGUGUAAACAUGCGUUAAUUUAUAUAUUGACAACGAUGAUAUUAAAUUUAUACUACAACAUCACCGUUGGUUUCGCCAGCUACGGUGGGGAUGAGUUGGCUGCAAAAUUACAAGAAAGUGCAGAUGCAUAAAUAUAUUUACAAAAAGGGCAAUGUAUCGUUUUACUUUCUAAUAGAUGUAAAUUUUAGAAAUCAAUAUUUACUCAAUGUUAUAUUAAUUCAAAUUAUACAGUUCAAAAUACAUAUUAACAAAAUACUCUGUUAU